AUGGGUCACAACAAGAGCUUUUCGCAAAAUGACGGCUUUGAAUUCGACGAGGCACGAUUCCGGAAAUUCUACAAGCCUUUGUCGAAUCUCCCCACUCCUCCGCCCUCGUCCAGGAACUCGUCUGCGACCCAAAGCCCCCGCUUUCCCGCAGAAGAUGCGGAGGUGUGCGAUGUUGAGUCUCUAGCCCCAGCUGUGCAUCUUACCCGGAUGCUACCCUCGGGACUUUCAUUGGAGCCGCCAUCUGUUGCCGUGGUACAGACAAUUCUCCGUCACGCCAACCUACCUAUGGACACGAUUGCCCUUGCUGUCUGCAUACUCGACGCCCUGCCCGCCAGGUUCCGCAACAGAUGGCGCAUGGCCUACCCUCGAUCACGCCAGACUCCGCUAGCCUCCAAGCGCCACACCAUGCCUUCGGGGCCUAUUCAGCCGCCAAGCGACGAUGCUGUGAUGCCCGAAGUCGUCGCUCUGUCGGCCCUGAUUAUCGCGAACAAGUUCCUGGAAGACAUGCACGAUACGACACAGUAUUUCAGUUCUGUCUGGGGUGCUGAUGCUUGGUCUUGCGAGCAGAUCAACGUUACGGAGCGCUGCGUUAUGGAGGCGCUGGAAUACCGCAUCAUGCCUCUAAUGGCUCCCGACUACAUCCAGGAAGCCCGCCAUGAUUUGGAGUUUACACGACGGGAGCUGUUGGACGAGAACAGCGAUGCUGCUCUCGAGGCCAAGGAGUGUGGGCUCUACCACAUCAAGCCAAUGAGCUCUGGAGAGGCUGUCGUCGGACUUGGGCUGCAGCUGACCCCAGCCGAGACACCCAGGUCUGAGCUGCACACACCUUUCGGCUUUAAUCAAUUCCUCGGCCAGGAGACGAGAGAAGCUUUCGCCAAUACCCAGGAGGUGCCACAAGGCUACCUGCAUCUGCCCUCCGAGGCACACCCACAAUAG